AUGAGCUCGUCUACGAGUGGCAACCACCUGGUCCCUGCGAAAAGUCCUAGACUUCGCAGAUUUGCCUCGCAGCUGGCGACGAUAAAGAUAUCGCUGGACCCACCUAGUCCGCCCUUUCUCAGUCCUACGCCCAUCGGGGACAUCGAAGUUGAUGCAGAACGACGAGAUCGGAUGGACUACCUUCAAGUGCCUGGAGUGUCACUCGAGGAUGACGCCAUUCUUGGAAUCGACGGGCGAUUUCUCUCUUCUCCGCCGCCGGACCGUCGAACUUCCUUUGCCUCGACCGCUUCUGACGCGUCCUCCAUCACGAUUCCGAUGAGCUCCAGCUAUCAGAACUUGCUCUCACCCAUGUGGUCCACUGUCAAGUACUACAGCGAUGACAAUGAGACUCCGCCCAACGAGCCGAUUCGAAGGCCAAGAAGUGCCCAGGUAUCGAUAAUCUUCUCUUGAUUUUGUACAAAACGGUGAGGAUUUCUGUCCUGAAAACUUUGAGAAUUUUCUGAGGACAAAGUUUAGAAUCUUCAAGUAUCCCGACAAGAGACCUGCCAUAAUUUAUUCAAAUUAGUUUUUAAAAAAAUUAAUAUCAAUUCUGUUUACGAUACUAUUAAAAAAACUAAAUGCUUUUGCGCAACUGCUUGGUGUGCGCUAGAAUGUCUACCUAGUUUGAUACGAAGACCAUUUUCCAUAACUAAUUGUUUCAGUUUAAAUUCAAUUUUUUAUCGGAUUUUCGACGUUUUCAUCAAUUUCUAUAGAUAUUAGAUACAUUUUUUGAUCACGGCCAAGUCUUGCAAGUUUUUAAAGUGGCUCGUAAUGACAUACAAGCUUUAUUGUAAUGAUGAUCGUGAGGAAAUAAUAGGAAAGAGCUUGAAAUAUGAGCCGGACGCGUGAUGGUAGCUGAACGCUCGGCUGACAUGUGACGGCGAGCUUGAAGAAUUGUCCUUAAUAAUUAUUCUUUUUUCUUUUUGUCAAGGUUUUUAGUAGAAAUUGCUCGUGUAAAAGUUUUAUCUGGUUUGGCGGCGAGAAGAACUUCUUUUUUUAGUUUCUUGAGGAUUAGCGAAAGCCGAAGUCCGCCACUAAUCUGCAUAACACAUGACGUCCCAGAUAUGGAGGAAUUCGGAGGGCUUAUGCAACCGUGUUAGCCGCACGGAGAAGCUGUCGAAGCCAUAGUGAUAGGAGGAAAAGAGCCAAUUAUUCAUUGAUAUGCUCUGGGGUAUAGCGUUAACGAGGACCAAAAGUCCGCCGCUGCACUUUUUUUUUGUCCAAUUUGUGCAGCUCGCCGGAAAUGGGAUUGGAGACGAGUGCGUUGGCGAAAUUCGAUACUUUUACAUUAUUUUCUUUUUUUCCGUGUUAAUCAUUUAUCGGAAGCUAUGGAGGUUUUUUUAGAAGUUACAAAAAUUGCAGAUUCCUUACUUUUUGAAGUGAUUAGAAUGAAAAUCACCAACAUACAAAAAAGCCUGAUUGAUUUUUGUAGAAAGAAGAAAAAGAGACGAUUUAAAAGAGCUGCGGAAAGAGCUCAAGUUCGUGUAGUCGUUGGUGAGAAACUAAAGGGAAAAUCAAUCGUUUAGGGACGAUGGAAGAUUUUUUUAGACGGAAAUAUAGAAGUAAAAGUUAUUCAGGAUGCUUUAUCUAGAAGAUAUAAGGCAGAAUCUUCCAAAAAAACCAAAAAUCUAUACAAAUAUUUCCGAAUAGGAUAGCAGCAAGACUUUAGUUGAAACUUAUUCUAUUAGAAAAAAAGGUUUCCCACGACUUGAAACGCCGUGCGGCGAGACUCUCAGUGUGGAAGUGCAACUUGUGGAGUUCAAAAUGUGCCGUAUUUGAAUAAGUCGGCUACAGCGCAAAAAUACAUAUUAUUGUAAUUCUCAAACUUAUCUUUUUUGUGAAUAGCUAAGAAUUCAUGCUGAAGUCGAUAGAAAAGGCGUUGUGAACGCUAAUUGAAAACGCCGCAUCACUUUCUCUUACACAUGGUUAAUAUAUCAAUUUAACUGGACAUGAUCUCGAAUAGAAGUUAGAAUCUAAGACUUUGAGACAAGAUUCCUAACGAGAAUGGAGACUUGAGGACAGAAGAUGGGUUUCAGAGCAACGGAUCGUCGAGCGACUGCAUCUGCGUGCCGCCCGUCGUACUGUCGCCUGUGCUCUCGCGACCGGUCCGUUCUCUGUCGGCCGCUUCCACACCGCUGCCCAUUCGCCAGUAUCAUGUUCGUCAAACCCUUACUUUUCAUCCGCCAACUAUUUUUUUCACCAACACACUUUUUCAAAUAUACCAAAAAAAAACUGGGUAUACAUUUUGAUCUCAAAUGCUUCCGUAAUCGUGUUUGAAUUGAUUGAAAGAAGAUGUGCUUCCUGCUUUCUGUGAGUUAAAAUAUUUCUUACUUCACGAGAAGAUACAUUGAAAAAAACAGCUGAGAUCUGCACGCUGUUAGAACCUGCGCACGUUUUAACAAAAGAAAUUUUAAAGCUUCCUUUUUUCAAAAAUAGAUGUUUUUGAAACACAUCUUCCAGCGGGUAAUAAUUUUUUUUGGAAGGUUGUACCGUAAUAUUUUACAAAAACAAUAGAAAUUUCGCAAUUUUCAGAAACUAGCGAAACUUUUCAAAGAGUGACAUUAAUUUAAAUGAGAAAUUUAAAUCUCAUUGCCUCGAAAAUAUCGAAGAAGCUAUGGUGUUCAAAGCGCUAAGUUCUUCUUCAACUAAUAUUUAAUAAAAUAAAAACUUUGCAAGGAGUAUAGAUGGCCAAAAAAAAUGAGUCGUUCACAUGAUCUUAUGAUGGUUUUUUUUAGAGUUUCACUGAAUAUUUUUCCAUUCAAAAUGAACUGUCUGUGGACUGACCGCAAUGAACUUACAAUCCAUUGGAAAGAUGUUCUUUGUGCCGUUCUUUGCCUAGUAUCACUAGACCCGGGGAUCUGUAACGCCAGUGUCGAGUGGAUAUUUUGGGCGUGAAAGACUAGUGAAAAACUGUCCGUUAACUCUUUUUUCUCUGUUUCACAAUUUGCUCAUCCACUUCGCGAAAUCGCGUUUCUUGUAUUUCAAUGAGCUGUUAACCCACGUUUUUUUUUCGAAACUCCUACGCUUUUAGAAGAUUUUUUUUUUGGUUUUUUGAACCAGUGACGUUUUUUUUCCAGUUUGAAAAUGAACGUGACGUAAAUGAACAAAAAUUCUUUUACAACGCCUAUCUAGAGGUGAAGUUCAAAUAUUUUUUUUUCAUAAAAAAAGUAUCGCUUCAGUUCUAUUUAGGGAGAAACAUCCGUCAUGAAAUCUCCUAUUCCUAUGUAUUUUUUGCACAAUCAUUAUAAACGCUAAAAUCACUUUCUAGAAGUGGCUAUAUUAUUGAAAAGAAAAAUGUUAUCAUAUUAGUUUAUUGUUCAAAAUUAGAAUGAACUUUGUAUGGGAACUCAGUUUUUCAUAUCUUCAGCAUAGUGUCUAAACAACAUUUGUUAUAUUUUAUGGUUCUCCUGACAGUUUUUCACCCCAUUCACAUCAUCUGAUUACAUUUUUUUAAAAUAUAAUUUUUGACUGCCGCAUAAGUUGAAGGUAAUCCGAAUACUGAGAAAAAAAAUAGUGUAAUGAUUAAAAAUAAUAUCAUGACUAAGGAUACGUUGAAGGGGCUGUGUCAAGUGGUAUUAGAUUUCUGAUUGAAAAUUGACUCAGCGCCAAAUAAUUGCCGCUAUAUGAUUGAUAUUUUUUCAGGGAAGUGACUCAGAAAGCGACGCGGGCAGCGGAAGUCUUCACUGGCGCGGUGAGAACUUUUACGUGUGCAAGUUUCAGAUAAAAUAAUUUCAGUGGAUUUAACAGCUUUUCUUAUAUUCAAAUUCUUGUGAAUCUCAAAAAUCUUCUUUCGAUUUGAAAAAGAGCACUAACUUUUUGUAUGAAGGGAUUAUAACGGAAAAUGGUUUUUGUUAAAAUCAAAAAAUUUGUUUUUGAGGUUUCAGAAUUACGACUGAUGUGAAAUUUGGUGUUAAGUCGAUACCAAAUAAAGUGCUGAAAUGAAAAAAAAAAAACUUAUAAAAAGGAUGGUUUUCGAUAUACGAAUGGUACUUUCUGUUGUUUGAGUGGAGAUGUUCGAUGUUCCAGGGGGAAGCGGAAGUGGUCAGCACGUGCUGAACGUCGCCGCCCGACGGAGUUUGGCUGCGAGUUUCGGCAGCGGAUCUUCGCACAAAGAGCCGUCGCGACCCAACACUCCCAUGUCGCCCAUCAUGAAGCGCUCUGUCAGCGGAAGUCGUCUGGCCGCUGCUUUCGGUUCCUUUUUUCUUUUCGUUUUGCUCUUUUUUUAAAAGCGCUUCAAAAUGACUGGAGAUAGAAUUAAAAGCAACUUGACUUGAAGGAAUAAUUCGCGGCAACUCUGGUAGUGGGAGCGGUCUUCUGGGCAGUCGGAUGCUCCAUCGCAACGAUUCCGACGCGAGUUCUUCCAGCGACCGUCGUGCCAAGCGGAAUCGCCGUCGCACCAUGAUUAUCCAUGGUCCGUUCUUUUUUCUAUCUACUUUAUUUAUUUAAAACGAAUCCUCAUUUAUGACGUCCUCCGUUAACCAGAUUAGCUUUUUGAAAAAUCCACGAAUGGAAAGAAUGGAAAGAUAUACUAUUUUGCAGGCUUUUCAGACUCGAGUUAUUUUUGGCUUUUCUUUCCCAAGUGUUUCCGUUGUUUGAUUUGCUUGUUCUCUGUACCUACCGACUUUUCUCAUCAGAGGGAUUUCUAGAAACCUUUUCUUUUUCUCGUCGUUUGAGCUCGGCCACUCGAAGAGUUUACCGCCGUUUUCUCGCAAUUUUUCUGAGCCGGCGAUAUUGGCAAGAGUCUCAGGAAAUCACUUGAGACCACAGUUUUCGCCGCAUCAUUUGAUCGGCCUUCCAGCUGCCGGUUUAAUCGAUCUUUUCGACUCAUUUUUUUUUGAGCGUUUCAAGCAAUUUUUGUUAUCUUGUCUAGUUUUUUUUCCAUAUUUUGAAUAUCUUGAUGAAAAAAAUUUAUACUAAAAUAACUGAUUGAAAAUGCCAUAAAUAUUUUUGAGCUUGAAAAAAUAGUCUUUUAUGAAGCUCCAUGUUUCAAACCCUUUUUGUUGAAAACGUUUUCUAAAUAGGACAAGUUUCAAGUUCCAAAUUUUGAAACAUCCCACUAAUUUCAAAAAAAAAAACCAACUGGUUUCAUUCUGUAAUUAUUGAUCUGAAUAUUGCGUUCCUCUGCCGAAGUGGCUCAAUCAGAAUUCUCCAAGACUCCCGUUUCUUCUCAUGCCAUUUAUAGUUUGUUCAUUUUCAGUACUUAUAUGGGAGUUUUUCUAUCUUAGAACAUGUGAAACAUUCGUGUUUUUGAACGCUCCAAUGCAGUACAUGAAAGUUGAUUUUUAAUACAAACUGUCAGCUUUCACGCGAAUUUUCUGCAGUUUCGAGCAAAAGCUCUUGUUUUUCCUAUACAGUCAAGAUCGUGACAUUUCGAACAAGCAGCCUCUCAAAUUUUAGUUCUUUGUUUCUCCUUGAUAAUCGUCAAAUUUGAUAUCUGCUGAGGCUUUUGGGCUCUAGAUGGUUUGGGAAGUAGAGAAGAGGCGAUUAAGUGCCCUUUGGAGUCAAAUAUCGAGAGCGAGUCUGCCCUCCGUCGCCGCUAAUGAAGAACAAAGAAGUGGAGAGGCGAGGUACGCCCUCUGGUUGCCCUGAUUUCUUACUCCCACCAAUAUUUCUCCCUUUUUUGAACCGUUUUAGAAUUUUCGCAAUGAUAAGGUUUAUCACAGUUUAAUGGAAGCCAAAAAGAGAUUGAGAAAAUGGCCUCAUAAAUUCAUGCUUGUGCGCUCUAACGCUACCUGAAAAAAAAUCAAGAUCUAGCGUUGAUUCUUUUUUUCAUCCUUUUGCCGACCAAACCGGUUAAGCGACCUUUUUGAUCCUAUUCAUCAGAAACUGUUCCGUUUUGAAAAGUAGAUACAGGGGUGCACCACCUUGUGCGGAGAUGUUCUUAUUCGUGCACCUGCAGAGCCACUGGACAGAUGGCUGUCAGUUCUGGGCGACUCUUUAUCCCAACAAGAAGUAUAAGUGAUGGGCGGCAGGCACACACGUAUUUUCUCGUGUCAAGCGGUCUUCCGCCUCAAUCUCACACGUUUUUUUCUUCUUCUUCUUCAAUUUUUUGCAGAGUUUGAAUGAGUACUCGGCUGAUCUUUCGUCUUCCAUCAACUCAGCGUUUUUCGUCUUCUCUUUUUUUUUCUUAACUUGAGAUGUAAGCCUGUACUCAAUUCAUACGUUAUAUGUAACGGCUUGUUUAGGAUCUCUGUUUUGACAUUGCGUAAUAGAAAAACGACUUCAGUAUGUUCAUGAAAAAAACCUUUUUUUUCUUUAUAGGCCUCUAUUCUUGAAUUUUUCGGAUGGUGUCCGUCGAGGUAUAAAUGCUUUUUGAUAGCUGAUUUAGAAUCCAUGGAUAAUAACUUCAUUAUGAAUGAUAAAAUUUCAUCUCGACAGACAAAAUUAAUAACGAACCAAUUCCAAACAAAAAAAUAAAAAAAUUUAGAAAAUGACUAAAUUAUAAAUUUUUCAUAUAUUCUUUAUUAAAAAAAUAAUUAAUUUCAAGAAGAAGUGCCAGUAUUGAAAAAAAGUCAUCAUUAGAACUCUAUAAACCAAACUCCUUCUCUCAGAAAUUUUUCUAGAAUCAAAUUUAUGGAGAAUAAUUGGAUAUUAUUCAUGUGUGAAUCAUAAUAUCUCACUUUUCCCUGCUUUUGGGCUGAAAAUGCGCCAUUUUAUUCAUCGGACCUAAUUGCGUGUUCUCACAUUCACUCGCACGACAUGAACUUUGUGAAUUUUUCAGUCGAAUCGCUUCAGCUCCAACUUUAUCUUCUUUUCUUUCUCUUAUUCUUGAAAGAGCCUAUCAAACCUUUUUUUGGACUUUCGAGGUUUUGUUCAAUAUUAUUUGUAGGAAAAGUGAGAAAAAUUUUUUCUUUCGAUUAUGCUUGUGAGUAGAAAUCAGUCACGAUACGUUCAAUUGUUUUCUAUAUUUAUUCAAGCAGAGAUGAGAAGGUGAUUGAGAAAACGAAUGAGGAAACGGACGAAUAUUGCUUCCCAAGCGGCAGUUUGUCCGAAGUAAUUGUUUUUAACGUUUCGUUAUCCUAAUUUUCAAAACUUAGAACUUUGAUGUGGAUUAUUAGUAAUAUAAUUUUUUUUUUCAAAAACGAAUGAAAAACUUGAUAAAAGGUCAUGAAAACUUCAUUCUUUCAUCAAUUUUUAUAGAAAUGUGAAAAUAUAUUUUCAUCAAAUAUCCCGGUAAAAUAUCUAUACGUAGGGACCGCAAAGCCACGCCCCUUUUCGCGAUAGAAAAAAAGUGGCAUUUUUUUGGUUUUUCAACUUUCAUUUUGUUGUAGUUGCAAAAUAUGUGGGAACUGGAUAAUAAAAUUUUGGCACACAUGUACAGAAAAAGCUUCCUCUUUCGUUUAAAAAAAUUAUUUCACGCUUUUUGAUGCGUUCACGCGGAAUGUCGUACAAAAAAACGUGAAUGGAACUAAAAAAAUUUUUGUCGUUUUUUUGCUUUUUUUCAUGUGUUUUUCAGGUCGAACGCACUCUUUCUUUUUUUAAAUAUUGAUUUUUGAUUCAAGUAACGGUAAUUUUAAAACAAUAAAAUAAAAAAAUUCGUCUUUGCCAAAAAAAUUUUUAGGGAGCGCCGAAAGUCAUAAUUCAAAAAUAUCGUUAAUAAGCGAAUAUAAUCCAGUUUUUUUGUUUUUUUCAAAAUUUAGACCAUGGGCUUACUUUGAAAUUUUUUUCUCCACAGCAUAUGUGCUUGAAAAAGUUGUUUAAUACGCAAAAAAAUGCUCUUGAAAACUAGAGAAUAAAAUUAGCGGCGUUUAUCACACAGAAAGCGGUCGAACGAAGGUUUUUUUCAAACGAUUAUAUACAUUUACUAGUAAAAAAAUCUUUCAAUUAAAAAGAAUAAAAUUAAAAAGUUCGCCUUUGCCAAAAAAAUUUACGGGGCCGUUUUAAUGCAGCGAUCGUUAAACGAGGCAAAAAGCACUAAAAAAACAGUUUUUUCGAAGUGAAUUUCUACGAAAAGUUUGAGUGAAGAUUUGCGAACAUAUUCUGAUAAAAAAAUAGCUUAAUUACUUCAAGUUUUUCUUUUUGAAAUAGGCAAUCUGUGCUAUUCAAACGGCUCAAGGCGAUUUUUUUCAUUUUGAGGUCGCGAGUUCGAUGCCCGCAAGCGUCAGUUUUUUGUUUUCUGGAAAAUACCGACUUUUUCGGCAAACUAGCAAAUUUCCAUCAUUUUUAGCAGCUCUAUUAUGAUUUCUUACAUCAUAAUAGACCAGUAUCAAAACUUGUUCUGGAAGAAAAAUCGAGAAAAAUGUCAAAAAUGGAUAAUACCAAAAUUUCAGUACUAAAAAAAUGGUGCGCGGCGCGCCACAUUUUUCGUCAUAACUUUUUUCAUCCUCAAUCUUUUUCGAAAAACUAAACGGUUCUGAGUUUUGAAUCGAAACAGCUAUCAAACCAUACAAAGCUCAAUGCUGAAAAAAUUUUUUGAAAAUUCGUCUGCGGUCCCUAUCUAUACGAGUAGCGAAUGAGAAGCGAGAAGGAGUAGAGUCUUCAAUGCACAACCACGAAAAAAAAAAUUGAGAAAAUUUCGGUCAGUUGUCUUCGAACCACUAUUCAGAACAAGCUUAAUAAACACCGAAGCAAUCAAAAAACCCACAGAUUUCGGGAAUCCAAGGUCCAGAAGGAACCUAAAAGGGUUUUCGGAGUGUGCGGCGGCUCGUUCGAUGCUAAUUACGUGGGUUUGGCGUGGUCGGCGAUCCCAGGCUCUCCGUUUCGCCUUGUCUUUCUGGGCUUUUCCACUUUGUGCGGAUGUCUCUACUCUUCGCCUUCGUUAGCCAUCGUCGAUGCCGAGUCUAUUCUUGGAUUUAUCCGUGGAUUCGCUAGAACCCCCCAAGAUUUGACCCGCUUUCGGAUGUUUGUUGUGUUCGCUGCCUCGAUUCUCAACAUUUGA